GGGGCGUUAUCUGGUUUCAUACAACCAAUUUUGGCGCCUCACUUGAGAGAGGUAUGUUGAUUUUGAAUAUUUCAUCGCAAUAUCCUUUUAUUAUUAACAAUUGUGGUAAUUCCUCAGCUACCAACAGUAUAAGUUUUAAACUCGGUCUUUAGCAAAGAAAGAUAUUGUUCUUUUUUCUACCAGCGUGAGGCAAAGGAAAAAAUUGUUUGUGAGGAAUCGAGCCUUAAACCUUUGGACUUCGCGCGCCAGUUUAUCACUUUACCUAUUCUAAAUAAACACACAGGGAAAAAGUUCAUCUUCAGCAUACGCCGAAAAGAUUAUUUUGAGGCACAAACAACUUAAUAUGUUUCUCUUAUAGCUGGGUCAAAAUGCUACACAGACUGGUCUAGUAUUCUUCCUAUUUGCCGGUACUAACGCCGUCUCAGCGCCUUUAAUAGGCUUUAUAGCGGACAAAACAGUAAGUAAAACUUAGAUUUCUACUCAUAUAUUGCUAGCAACCCUUUCCUUCUCCCCUACCUGGCCUUCUCCAGCAAAGUGUGUCGGUGCCGCAUAAAUAAAAGCCGUCUUCAAAUUAUCUUUUGUUGGAUUUUUUUAAGAAUCACGCGUCGGAAACAGGGGCUGCUUGUAAUCUGUUGUCUGCCUUCUUUUCAUUUGUUUUGGCUCACGAAAGAUUAUGGGUCAGGAUCACGUUAACUCAAACCUUAUUCUUUGCUUCCUUGUACUAAUUUCAACAGAAAAAACCUGCUGUCAAAAUUCUUCCUUUAGAUAUCGGAAUUUUUUUAUCAGUCAGCCCUUGUUAACUGAGUGUUGUCGGCAAUAGAGAUAGGAAUAGGAAUAGGAGGGUGGGAAAGACCUCCUACAUGGUCUCAUGGAUUCGUACUUGUGGCGAUUUUGUGAGCUACUCGCAAGCAGUUACAAAAUAACUCUCAGAAAAAUAGUAGAAAAUGCAAAAGAAAAACAAAAGAACAAAAAAAAAAAAAAACCGGAAAGGCCGUAAUACUCUCUUCUCAGAAUGACUUCUUCCUCCGCCAACCAAUCCCUGCCACUUGCACACGUGAUGAUCGUACGCACUGCUUGCAAGGAAGCUUACAAAUUUGGAAAUGCAAGAGAGCGAGGACGCUCAUCGCGCGUCACAAUAAUUCGGCUUUCCUUGCUUAUCCUCACGGUAUGUUAGGUAUUAUAUGACGACAGUAAAAUCAAAGCCCUCCUCAAUGAACUAGAAUAAAACUCUGUCUCAUUCUUGUAAUUACAACCUUGUAUAAUUUUCCUGAUCAGAAAUGCUACCGAUCGCUGCUCCUGUCGGGUUUGAUCGCUUACAGCAUUGGAUACCUAUCAUUAGGACCAGCUCCCUUUUUACCAUUUCUUCCCGAUGGGUAUGUACCUUCCGUCACAUGCAUGUUUUCAAUGUAUGAUUGAAGCUAUUUGCUUGUCAAACGGAUUUGGUGAGUUUGCCAACGGUAAAUAUCUAUCUAUUGCUGCGACUAACAUCUUUUUGCUUGUUAAAAUCAACAGAACCAGACAAGUUAGCUAUACGUUGAAUCAUUUUGAUGAUUUGGUGGGAAAUAGAUUUAUUUUGCUUCUGAUUCAUUUGUAAUGCUAUCAAAAACGUUGAAAACAGUUGGGCUAAUAAAGUAGACAGUAGCGUAUGUGCCGAUCAAUUCGAAGCUUUAACAUACCCUCCCCCCGCGGGAAACCCCUUGGGCAAACUCCCAGGCAAGCCGCCGGGCAUUUGAACUUUUGAAGAUUAUUUCGAUCAAAUUCUUGCCCCUGGAGAAGCUUUCUACAUAUUGACCAAGCUUUAAAACCUAGACCUUGUACAACUUUUCCUCUGAGCCAUUCGCUCGCAAAAAUGAACCUUUCACCCUAAACAUCUCCAUUUAAAGAUAUAAUGGCACUUGAAUUCCGCCAGAAAGACCUGAUACUUCCGGUUCAAAUCCCUUACUCCACCCCGGCAAAGUUAAAUUUUCCACCCCCUGAAAACGGACAACGCUCAAAUGUCCAUGGGGGAUGCUAAAGUUUCGAACCGAUCGGCGCAUUAUCGUGCUCAAUUUGUAAGAUCCAGACUUAAAAGGCACUUUGUGAUAGUGGAAAUUUGGGAGGGUCCCGCAGGUGGCAACCUUUUACAGAUUUCAUUGCAGUUAUCUAUUUUUAUAAAAUUAAUCACUAAUUUUAAACUGUAUAUUAUCGUUGCAGCGAGGUAUGGCUAGUAUGCGUUGCCAUGGCGUUUUCGGGAUUCGUUGCCUCAUUUUACUAUGUGCCAUUAUUGCCUGAAAUCAUGAUAGCUGCAAGGUGAAUGGCUCAUUGCCAUGUCUGUUUCAAUAUACCAAGGGAAACACUUUAUCCUCUCUUGAACAUACUGAAGAUCAGAAUUCACGUGAUCCAACUAACUGGGAACCCAGGCCUGCUGCGAACCAGUGUGUUUCAUAUACCCAUGACUCGAUAACUUAGCCAGUAGAAACGUUUUCGUGCCCAGUGCCGCGUGAAGACUUUCUUGAUCGUGGAAAUUUUGCCUGGGUUUCGUUGAAGUCUGCCAAGUCAUCAUGAGCAAACUCAAUAAAGCAUUUUAGAAAGCAUUUUAUUUAUGUAUUCCAAGAUACGCCGACACAGAAAAGCAAAACCAAUCAGAAAACCCUCGCAACCGAAUGAAAUCAAAUUGUCAUUUUGUAACAGUAUCCAAUAUAAGAAUAGGACUAGCAUUUAAGAAUUUAAUUUUCUAAUAAUCGGUUUUAUACUUAGUCUGUUUAAGGCGUACCGUUUUCAUGAGAAAAAUCUGUUCUCGCAUGGAAAUCGAUGCCAAAAUAGGAGUGUGUGAAGUGAAACUGAUUAGAAAAGUGCAAAUUUCUUCACUUUUAUUUACCGACGAGGCUUGACAUUGUCAAUUUCUCAAGGUGGGGGAGCGACUAAUAACCCGGGUGCAUCUUAUAGCCGAAUGAAUAUGGAGUAAACAUUUGUUUUUGGGCAGGGAAAAUGGGAUGCCUGACAAUGACGAAACAAAUGCAGAGCUUUCAAGUCUUUACACAAGCUUGUAUUACUUAGGGUAUGUAUUCUGUCUUCAACUUUGAUAUAUGAAAACCUUGCAGUCAAGUCGCGGUGCAAUAAUAUAUUACAUUCAGACUUUGAUUCCAAACGAAAUACCAGCCGUCUACCAGUUAGUAACUUUCGCUUCUACUAAUGCUGAAUACUUCGAUUUUUGAUGCUCUAUAUUUCUGAUGCCAUAGCCACAGCAAAUGCUACUGCUUCCGCUUGUGCUUCUCAGUUGUUUUUUUCGUUAUUGUGGUUAUUAUAAUUUGUAUUAGUAAUGUUUUACAGAGCUUUUAUCGGUCCAAGCCUCGGAGGUGCUUUUGACGAGCAUUUUGGCUUUCAGUGGGCAAUGACGGUAUGUAGAUAUAAUGUAAUCCCGCGCCUUAAAGCCACCUCGAUAGCUCUGGCCAUUUUUUUGAAACGGCCAUUCAUCUCACAUAAAUAAAUAAAUUAAAAAAAAAACCCUCGUCAAUGCAGUCACCCCUUUAAAUGGUCAACGGCUUCAUUAAAAAAUCUCAGACAGGAGACUCCUACAUAAUUUUAUUCAUGAAAUUGACCCUACCUCGCUAAUAUGGCCAUUUUUUGCUGGCCGAUUGGAGUCCAAAUUAACAUGCGUAUCCCAGUUAAGGUUGUUGUCGGAGUUAGGUUUCCGCUAAUGAAAAGAAAAAACUUUGGCUUAGUCAACUCAACUAAAAUGAAAGACAUACGUGAAGUGCCAUUAAUUAAGGACCAAAACUAGUACUCUGUGUUUCGUUCAAAUAAGUGGCGUUCGAGGGUAUAACAAUACCAAAAAGGCGCAACCAAUCAAUGGCGAUCUUCCUCUUCACGGAAGAGGUUGAGAGUCCAAACAUUUGCUCUUGUUUUUCAACCUUCCACAAUUAUCACCCUUUCCAUAUCGACACCCGAUACCUGCAUCUAAAAGCACUCUCGAACUGUCAAAGGACUAGUGCAUGGUGUGUACAAAUGUUGUGUUUUCAAACCCUAUUUGUUAGUGUUGAAAGACUGUCUAAAGGCCGGCUAUUGUGCCGAGAAGUUCAAGUGUUGUAAUGAGUUUCCUUUCUCAUUUUGCAGAUUGCAGGUCUCAUAAGUUUUGCUCAAGUAAGUACACCUUUAUCGGAAUGGAUUUUGCUCUAAUGCUGUCUGAAUUUGAACUUCGUGCGGUAAAAGGGCUUUAAAGGGUUUUUGACCGCGCGAGACUGAUGGCGCAAGCUUAAAAAAUGUCGAGAAGCAAAACAAAUAUGAAAAAUAAAACAAAUAUGAAAAAUAUCUUAGUCAUUUACUGGGAGGUAAGCUAGUACCCCCAGCCCUUCCCCGAUGCACGUUAGUAGGGUUUCCCUGGGAAUUUGCCGUUACUCAUUCUUACUCCUGGUGCGCGAGAGGGGUCAACGACCCUGGAUAAGGCUCUGAAUCCAAAGCGCUGACAACUAGGCCACCACGUCAUUCAUUCUAAUUGGACAGAAGAAGAAGGGUAUCUUCUGAUGGAUAUACAUUCAUGUAAAACGAAGUUAAACAAUAAUUAAUUUGUUUCAAUUUACUAUUUUAUUUUACAUUUUUAGGCACUCGUUGUGCUUAUAUUUACAUUGGUGGAGAAGGUGUCCCGAGGGUUAGUAAUUGUUGUAAUAUUUUCGUGAAAUCCUAAAUUAUUCCAGUAAUUGUUUUUGUUAGUGUGGUUCUCCUUAGCGAUGAACAACAGAAAGAGUAGAAGCUAGUAGAGACUCAGGUAAUAUGGUUCAUUUCGUGUCUCGCAAUUUUUUUUCGAACACUGAAACUUCUGGUCAGAGUAUCAAAGUAGAAUGCCUGAUCAAUGAUUGUCAUGUAAUAAUCUAGUUCUCGACGAUAGGAUGAACAACUUUCUUAGAUUUGUUGUCAGAUCAUGUAGCCACUCAUUUCAAACAAACAAGAAAAGAAGAAGUUUGAGCACGUGGUGCUAACGACUAAAAUAGUUUGAGGUGGUUUUGACUUCUACCGCCAAUUGUGCUCCAUUCGUUCAUCUUUGUAUGCCUUGAAAUAAUUUCACUGUUCUUUUCUUUAGAAAAUGUUCCAAUCAGACAGAAGAGAAACUCUCUUUGUUAAACUAAAGCACUUUUAGCGACGAAACGAAAGGGCAAAGAUACAAGAAAGAAAACAAAGGAGAACAAGAACAAAGUCUGGAAAGCAAUUUGGAUUCCUGCACUUGGAAUCCUGGACACGGUGUUUCUCUAAGAUUCUCGCUGGUUUUUGUCAAAAUGACAGGAAUUGCCAUUUUUCACUGAUCAGAACGCCCUGCUCGUGAGAAAACACACUUAUGCCAGUCCCCUUCCCGGCCAGUCCCUGGCUGCUUCCCCUCUUGAAACAGAGGAGACUUGAAAUGGAUGGUGCUAAAGUAAAUUCAAAUUUCGCCCG